UGCACUUCCGGUUCCGCCGCCAUUUUCUCCGCCAGGCCGGGCCCGGAGCCGCCGCCGCCGCCGCCAUGGGCGGGCACCUGAGCCGGCGCUACCUGUGGGACGCCGAGGCCGAGCCCGACCCGCUGCACAUGCCGUCCUUCCCCGCCCAGCUGGGCAUGCCGGCCCGCCAGCCGCGCGCCAUGGUGGCCUCGGCGUCGCAGCUCUCCGAUGCCCGCGUGCCCCUGGAGCAGAGGGAUUUCUGCGGGCACCACCUGGUGCGGCUGCUGCGCUGCCAGCGCGACAACUUCCCCGUGCCCUGGGGGUGCCACGCGCUGCGGCACGCCUGGGACAGCUGCCAGCACCACGACUAUGUGAUGCGCAUGAAGGAGUUUGAGCGCGAGCGGCGCCUGCGGCUGCGGCAGCAACGGCUGAGGAAGCGACACGGGGACAGCGGGGACAGCGAGUGACACCACGGGG